CUUUGUCUGUUAUUGAACGUCGCACUGGAGCAACUAUCGAACGUGCACAGAGGUUUGUCAGCCUUGAAAGUCCUAUAGAAGCAAUUUGCUCUCAGAAACACUCGAAGGUGUUUGCUUUUGGGGGGUGGAUUCAAUACGCUGGGCGUGUAUACCUAGCUGACAGUCCAGACGAUUCUGAUAAAAACAACGUCCGUUAUAAUCUCCGUUGCUCUAGGCGGCAGAAAAUUCAUAUAGACUGUCACAAUGGUCCAAUACCGGCGUAUCCUCGAAUACACCAUUGUCUGCCUUGGGUUUGUGUGGAGCUCGACACUGUCCCACCUGGGUGGAGUACCAACGUGGGGCAUGCCAUUGUCAUUUGCCCUAGUACUCGCUGGGCUCUUUCAUCAGCAAUGCAAGUAUCCAGCCGAACCAGGUGCGCGACCAGGCGCCGACCGCGGCCUUUGGAUGGUGUGCUGUUUUCCCUACGCCAUCUACUCGGGUGGUAGUCUAAUUUUCCAUGGUGAUGUUUUUCGGCUGAUUGAAAUUGCUACCGGACACACGUUGAUCCUGUCACUAACGACAGUCUGGUACGCUCCGUCAUCGGCCCGGGUUAUAGCCUCAUCGUCCGUGCUUACCCUGUUACUUACCGCAAUACUGACACCGUACUCGCUCAUUAAUUCGUUGCUAACGUCAAUUGUAUGCUCAUCAGUGUUCUGCUAUUCGCGAGACAAACUCAAAAUUCAUGCUCCCACCUCGUUUACCGAUGGCGAGCUCAUCACGAUCGUUCAAGCAAUUUCAGUGUUUGCGACCUCAUCGGUGAUCUGUUUCUUUUCGACAGUUCAAGUCUCGAAAUCGGCUUCUUUCCUACAAGGUGGCUUGUGCGCCCUAAGUUUACUCAUUUUUGUACUUUUUCGUUUUCCAUCUACACGGUCAAGUAUCCUUACGUUACUUGGCACCGUGUUUGUCACGUGCAGCUUCGUACUCUAUCCACUGGUAUAUUGGGCGGUCGGCGAGCCCCCUGCACAAUUCCUGGUGACGUACCUGACAGCUUCUGGACGAAGAAUCGCACUACUUGGAUUCUGGCUAGGAUUGUCUGUAGCGGCUAUAGCAUUCGCGGCGAUAUACGCGCGAAUGAUGCAUGGAACGACGAAAACGACCAUAAGGAAGGUGUUUCACGUUUUUGUCCUGGUCGUAUUCACAAUGGGCGCGUGUAUGGAUCCCGACGUAACGUACCUUGCGUCUGGCUCUGUUUUCGGCAUAUUUAUCGUCUUCGAGAUUAUUCGUGUACUGCGGAUCGAGCCGGCUGCUUCUGCAAUACAAGGAGUAUUUGAUACAUUCAUCGACUCCAAGGAUCAAGGACCGCUAGUUCUAUCGCACAUUUACUUAUUGCUCGGCUGUUCCGUGCCAUUCUUUCUUUAUCCGGGCGUGGAUUACUCGCGCGAGGGUGUCACUUUGGCACUCCUCACGGGAGUGACCACAAUCGGAGUGGGCGACACAGCUGCAGCCGUCGUUGGCGCGCACUUCGGCCGUAUCUAUUGGCCCGGUACGAGGAAGACUCUUGAAGGAACCGCAGCGGCUGUUGUCGCCCAAUUCGUCUGGUGCAUCUUUUUCGCGCCGGUUACGGCCGAUGCAACGUUCGCCGGCAAGCUCUUUGUGGUUUUAUUAUUGACGUCGUGCCUAGAAGCGACGACUGAACAAAUUGACAACCUUGCAGUGCCUCUUUUCGCCUUUCCUCUCUUCCUAUCACUAUUGUAGUAUCCUGAUAGGCUUCUGAACGUGAGUUCUCUUAUAGGUUAAACAUCCAAGUUUAUAUUCAAAAAAAAAAAACGCACUGCAGGCAUAGCAAAAUAUACAGCAGGACACCUUUCCAAACAUGCUUAGACAUAAACCCAUCCAUCAACAUUUUUGGAAGAGUCGCAAAUUUUGAGGAGCCGAAGAUCACUGGCAUUGAUAAUAGUCUGUAGAUACAUACAUGUGGUGGAGGCUGUAUCUCCGUUCUCGUAUGAAUUUUUCAUAUACACGAUCAUGUAGACUAGUUUUACUGAGUAGUAGUAGUAGUAGUAGUAGUAGUAGUAUAUUAAGCUUUUUGUUUGUUUAGUAGAGUCGCAUAGUUUCGGUCCUAAACGGUUUAAGAAAAUGGCAAAGAGAUCUGAUAAGACGCCUUGCAUGCUUAUUUCGACCACUAAUAUACUUAAAACGUCAUCGCGUGCAAGUGCAACUUACCCGUUGUUCCCCGGCUAUAACUUCGUACUUAACUAAAUAACUAUAAGAAAUUUUGCAAAUAUUACUAACUGGAAACAUCGGUAUCGUCGAUGUUGGGCCAAGUGUGUGCUUAUAUGAGUGCCAACAAUCAGUUUGCCAAUAAAAAUACCCUUAUAGCUUUCCCCUUCUUUGACUUGUGAAAACAUCCUCAAGGCUAUAGAAAUAUUCUACAGUUAUUCAUUAUAUCGCCAUAGCAAAUCUUUUACUUGUGUGUUUGAAGAAUUUGAUCAAGAGACGAUUGCGUCUGACAAACUUCCCUACGCAAAACAGCGCUUUCUCCCGAGGUGCACUACGUCUGAUUUUCUGAGCACGCAACUAUGCGUCGAGAGCGUUAUUGAUAGAACAGACAUCAGUUCUUAUUCCAUUAACGGUACCGAUUUUAUUAUGGCUAAAAACAUGGUACUAGAUAUUAUCUGACCUAAUUUUUCAACAACAAUCAAUUUGUUUGUUAAAGCUUGCUGAAAUGUCGGAUAACUUUUCAUCGAUUAUUAUAAUGUAAUAAUUUUUUUUCGUUUUUCAAAAAUAGCUUGAAUCAUAGUUUAGCCGACAUUUCCCGCUGCCGAUUUACUGGUUAUGCGGAUUAAUCUUCCAAUUUGCACUCGGAUGGAAGCAAAUGUGGAAAAGUUAUGUGAUGUUAUUAUUUUUUUCAUAUAUAUCAUUGUGUGAACUGUUUGUUUUGUUCACUAACAAACAAGGUGAUUAAAAUAUAUGUUAAAGAAAAGGCGCUGGGAAGAUCGCUAGGAAGCUUAUUAUGUUCAUGAUUAAUAUAAUUAAAUGGGAAAUAUGUAUAAUUAGUAUUAAUAUUAGGAAAUGUAGUCAGAAAUGGAGCAAUUUAUUACUGUAAAUAGUCAUGUACAAGGUGUAAUAUGUCCCGUAGGUUGCCCGAAUCCGUUCCAAGUUUAGUUUAGGCAAAGAUUUAUUUUUACAUAUGCAGCACGACCGUUCACAGGUAUUUGUACAGCUUUCUUGACCAAUACGCUUUUUACCCUGGUGAAUACGUUAAGAGGAAUAUACACACUGGAGCAUCACGAUUACGUUUGCAUUGUCUUGGUGAUAAACAGGACAAAAUAUAUGUAAAUAAGAGAGCAUAUUGGCCGUAGGAAGGGCCCACAGUUAACGAAGUAAAGCUUUCAAGAAAAACAAAGUUUGCUAAACUUUUCGUCUGCUGUUUAUGACGAGAGCGCGUUAACAAUAAUGUAGAUGACUCGUAGUGAUAACAAACCAAUAUAUGAAGUGUAAGAUGAAUUAAUAAAUGUAUAUG